GGUUCAAGUGGGCAUAAAGAGACUCAGCCAGCCCAGGGUCCGUUUUGUGCUUUGUCAGUACGUUAUUCUCCGAAUACAUUGCAGGUAAGAAGGUUUGGAAAUCGGGUGCAACCAUAAAAUAUCUCUGACCUUGUAGAUUUAUUACUGGGUAUAGCUGUACACUAUGACUGUACCGGUGAGUAUAGUCUUGAUGCUUCGAUACUUACUUUUGCUGGAGUAAUCUUAAGAAACUGGAAAAUUGGGUUCUAAGUGAGUUUCGUUUAAAAAACCUUGCUCUUAGAUCAGGUAGGGUCUUAAGAAGGAGUAACAAGGAGUUCCUUCCUUUGAAAGAAAAACAUAACAGCACUAGCAGGCGAGAAAUCUAUUGGAGAGAGAUUGGGUAUCAAGGCUUUGUUCGCACUCUAGCGUUUUACAUUGAUGCUAAAUUUUAACAAGCGUUUGCUUGUAACAGCGGUCAUCAUUUGGCUGAUUUUGAUCUUCCUAACUCUGACUGCUAUAAAUGAUCAAUUUUUUAUCUACAUAAUUUCCAUCGUAAAAUUAUUCACAAACAGGAUUCCUCAUCUCCAGAACAGUUAACAACAAAACGUCCCCCCGAACAAAUGACUACAGCUGAAAAUGAACUGUCUAAUCAGACAUUCAAGAAACUAAGGGCAACUAAAGGCGUCUCAAACAACACAGAAAAGAAUGUUGCUGGUGAUCUAACUGCAGGAACACCCCUUAGAGCGCUUGGAACAGCAACAGUGCAGGGAAAAGUUUCUGAAAUACCUAGUCGCUCUUAUCAAACAGAAGGACAGUUACAAAAUCUCUUAUGUCGAAAUGCUGAUAUGAAAGAAUCUACGCUUGUUACUGGUCAGUUCGAACCACCUUCUUUUGUCUGUCACCCGAACCUAGCUAUUCAAGACGCCAAAAACACUACAAUGGCAAUACCGUCCCAUUCUAAUCCCACUACAAUGUCUGGUAAUGUGUCUGUAAAAUAUCCAGCGCCUCAAAUGAACAGUUCUUGGACUUCCGAGAACGACAACUACGUCCCUCUUCAACAAUUUAUUAGCUGGAAUUCACCUUUGUCCAAUCGGUCAAAUAAUUCUCCUAAUGUGAAUACACAGGUCAGUAAAGCACUCUCCCUUUUCGUCACAUCAGUAAUCAAUAUAGAUAUUAAAGAUUGCAUCAAUAUGGUAACCACAACGAUCUUGGUAGGCAGAUCGAUGUUGCACGUGCCCAUAAACUGUCUCUAUGUGAUAUGUGGACCAAGUUUCUGUAGCGUUAAAUUAUAUUUACAUUUACAUUCAUGACACUUGAAUAUUUCAUACAAACCACGCGAAAUAGAUAUGGACAUGGCCUUGUAUCAUACCCACUCUCUUUCUGAAAUCAACGUUUGGUCGACAAAGUUAUCUCACAAAGCACUGUUGCACAUAAUAAAUGUUCUUACUUAGAACCUCUGCAGUCUUGCUUGUGGAUUUGAGACCGGCGGCAAAAGAAUCGCAACUCAUUAAGUUGUAGUUUGAAAUGAUAAGAAGAAAAUUAUGCUUUGAGUCAUUAAAAAUCCAAAAAUAGCCAAGGUGGCAGUAAACAUUUCUUAUCUGGAGUCGGAUCAGGUACUAAGACGUCAUCGUUUUCCAAAAAAAAUCCGUUUUCGUCUGUCCAGAUGAGUACGGGAAAUAACGUUUACAAAUAUAUUCUUCUCUGGAGGCGUUUCUGAAAGAAUGCAAUGUCGCUAGCCUGCGCCAGGCUCUCAGAUAGUAGGGACGUCCGCGAAAAUAAAACAAACCAAGCGGAAAUAAGAAGCGCGGUAACUGGGAAAGGGGGUGGGGCACACUCUCUCUCCCAACACCCGCGCGGUUUUUUUCUUUUUGCAUAACUUUCUACCGUACGACUACACUGCACUGCUAUCUUGGAGCCUGGAACAGGCCACGUUGUCGGUGGCCGUUUCAUCGUAUACGUUUGAACAAGAGGCCACUUAGAUAAAAAAAAAUUACCCGGCUCCUGGCACGGAGUGUGAACAGUGCUUUAUCUACAGUUAGAAGUACCUUGUACUGGUCGAUGAUAUUUGUUGUAGUAAUAAUUGCAUGGAAGUAAUUAAAAGAGACUGAUCGUUCUUUCGAUGUUUUCAAAACCACUAGCUGUGUUCUUUUUUCUAUGAUUCUAGCCCAUACAGCCAAUGGAAACCGAUGCCCACGGCGUUAAUCAAGGUAUCAUAGCAUUUUUGGAUGUAAAAGAACAUUUCAUUAAUACCUGAUUGAGUAGAUUGACACGAGUUUACAUCUGACAUAAAACUGAGAUUUUUUGCGAACCUUUUAAACACGAGUUCCAAACGAAGUGCAAGUAUACCAGGUAUAAUCAGUUGCACUUGAAUAGGAAUCAGCCAUUUCUGAGUUUCCCCAAUCAUCUGUUUCAAAGCGUGAUUUCUGUAACGGAGCGGAGCUGCGCCGUGCCGAUCUCUAAAGUGGAGCAACACAUAUAGGUUAGGUUUUCGUGAUAUACAGGAUAGCUUUUCGUGUCGGCGUUCGAGUGCGCUCUCCGUUCGAGUGUGCACAUAACCUAAAUCUUAGCCGGGAUGCCUUGGGUCGGUUAUUUAAGUCUAACUUAGACGGCGGUUUAAGAAAUCUUUGGACCCCCAAAUCUCUCCCUUAGUGGGUUAUUUAAAGAAGAUAAAUGCUUUUCUAGUCUACAUUAUAAGCGUUAAUGAAACGGUUUACUGCAAAUGGUGUUUAGAUAAAAGAGUUGGGCAAACUGAAAAUGACUUCGAUUAAAAUGGUUUUGAUAAACACUAGUUAAUCUCCUUUUAAAUAACCUGCCCUUUGUGUCUACUGCCUGGAUGUAUAUCAGCUGAAAAUGCAAGUGCAUUUAAACUACCUCCACUUCAUGUGAACUAAGAGAAAAAAACUGACUGUUUUGUCUUCAAGGUGCGUUCAGGGUGUCGAGUUAAAACUGGCGAUAAAUCAGCUGAAAACUUUGCAAGUUGCCUUAUAAUUUACGUUUUGACAGAUUUGAAUUCAAGUGCAAGUGGUAGACGCUGGGCAUCGUCAGAUAAGAUUGCGGUUUCGCCUCAAGGACCAAUUCUAGAUGACUUGCUUGAGGUAAUUACCAUUCUUUGUAUUUGGUAAUAACCGUUAACCUAGAGAAAAAACAAGAGUCCAGAAUCUCGCCCAACACUGGAAUGCAUAGUUCAUUGGUGUUAGAUACCCAAACGCCUUUUCAGUAAAGAGCGUUUGCCAUCGGCCCUCCAUGAAUUAUUUCAUUGAUUAUUUCAUUGAGUGAUGAAUUUGGAAAGUUUGGUUUAGACUUUUUAGAUCGAAGUAAACCUUUCUUCACAGGAACCGCGUACAUGUAAUCCGUAAUAUUGCGAUUUCAUGAACAAGAUAUCAUUUUCGUCAAUGUGGAACGCUUUUUUUUAAGUGUAUGAUUUUUUAUUAGUGUUUUAUUUGAUUUGCGAGAUGUUAAUUCAGUGAUAGUUUUCCAGGUCUUGCGUUGACCAACGGAGGGCAAUUCCCAAGGGAAAACAGCUUAGUUUUACAAUACGCAAACCUCACUAGUGACUAAAUAUUAAACUAGCCUCCAGAAUUGCUGGGACAAUCUUGCUGACGUUAUUGUUUACAUUUUUCCUAAUAAGCUACAAUUUAACCAAUAGAAGCCGUGUCCAUAAAUAUAUAAAGAGCCUUCAAACACUGCGAAAUUGCUUGAUGACAAAAGAAUGAGCUGAAACUACUGGGGAUAUUGGGCUCAGAUUUUCAGAGAUAACUAUCGUCUUACAAUAUUCCGAGAUGCUAUUAAACUAGCAUGUACAUUAUAAGUAACAAAUCACACAAUGAUUCUGUCUUAAUAUCAUAAUGGUUACGAAUACGUGAAUUGUGGAAGGUUUGAUAAACUUUGGAUGAGAUUCCACGCAUAUGUUUUUACCGAAAGCGGGCAGAUGUAAAGCCCCGUUAAAGUUCUUUUACAACAUUGUUUUGUGUUUCAAUUUCAGUCCUCAAAUUUGUGCUGGCGGGAAAACGAUAGUUCGGAUUCAGGUAAACUAUUUUUAUUAGAUAAUCACAGGAUAUAUCUUUUUCAAUAUCUGCUUCAACAUUUUAAACAGCAGCAUAUAUGCCAUUUAUUCCUAACUAUCACUUCCAUCUUUUAGAAAUAGAUUUCAGUAACCUAAUUGCUCUUUCCGAAAUGGAUGAUUCUGAGCUGACAACCUUAUUAUCGCCAAGUGGUGUCGAUAGUAGUCUGACUUCACAAGCUUCCAAUAAUGUGGGAUUACACAGUCAAAAAAACCAAAGACACAACACCAUUCAAAUGCCUGGACCUCUUCAUGCAAUGCAAACACAGGUGAGCGCUGUGUAACCUGCGACAUAAACUAACCUGUACUCAGGCAUACUACGAGCAGUCCCUCUUUUUUCUUAGUCCGUCGAGCAAAACGCGUAGGACACGAAACGAAGUCCACGCGCGUGACUGAAGGCACGAGACGGAAGAGGCGGGAAUGCCCCUCACACGUUAGGGGACUCGAAUUUCUUGUCAUGAACAAAAGAAAAUUUGAGGCUUGUGACGCAUAAUUGAGAAAUUUAAUGACAGUUUGAAACUUUCAAGAUUUGUAUGGAAAACCACUCAACCAUGACUGAAUGGCAAGAUAUGUUUUUCCCGGUACAAAUCCUUUUAAGUUUCGGCGGCUAUUGCAGUCUCAACGUGUGAAAAUGGACAACAGGUUACCUGAUUUUAAUAUGCUCCUUGACAGUUCCUGCUAAAACGAAAUGUUUUCUUGUUUACAGAAGGUUGAUUACAUGACUAACUAUUGUAAUAGGACUGUUGAUAGAAAACUAUAGGUCUUUCAAAACAAACUACCAAUUUUGGACUCACUAAUUGCAUAGAAAAUAUUACCUCAAUGAGAAAUCAGGGUAAAUAGCCCUAGUAAAAUCUUCUUAGGGCCUGUUUACAUGGCGGUGGGGGACCCCAGGUGGGCGAGGUAACCCGCCUAGGUGGAGUAACCCGCCUGUCCAUAUAAUCUCUUUUUUUAAUUAGAUCACUUUUACGUAAUAGGCAGGGUGACCCGCAGCGGGUUACCUCACCUACCUGGGGUCCUCCACCUCCACGUAAACAGGCCCUUACUCUUGGAGAUAGAUUAUAUUGCUUUUACUUUGUCUCAUUUCCUCCCUGAUUUCAAAAAGCACUAAGGGUAAUUUUUGAAAACCUUUUCAUCAAAAGAGAAGGAACCGGAAGAAAGAUUAAAACGAAAUAGCUGAUACACUAUUUAUUCGUGCUCCAAAAAGUCUUUCUGAGACCUUUUUAAAAUCAGUUAUUUUGUAGUAUUAUGUAUUAAUUUUCAUAUUAGGAAUCAGCCUGAUCUAAUUGAAAGUACUCCAUGAUGUGACUUUCCAAUAUUAUUUUUCUAUUGCUUGAUAGGUAUCACAUGUUAUGCGUGGAAACAAUUCUGACUCCGGGCUAGGUUCACAAAGUAGCAGUUCUGCCCCUCAGUCUAGGCAUACGUCAGAUAUGGAAAGUAAGUUUUAUUUUUUUUCUAGUUUUUAAUUCAGUACAUUAAUUUUAUACUUGGCUUUAUACCUGCAAACACAAUGAGAUUAUAAUUUUAUUAACUGUUUCUCUCCUUUCUGUUGGUGUUAAGUCUUUAAAACGAUCAAGACUGUAAAUCUUACUGAUGUGUGAAUACACACUUGAGCGAGGACGUUCGCUGUGUUGCUUGAAUAUGGCCGACAGGAAUUGUAUGUUCACUCAUCUGUGGUUGGUUUCUUUAAUCAUACUGUGGUGUGCUUCAUAGACUCUAUGACGAAGAGCUAAUGUUUCUUCAUAGAACCAGUUUUCAGCGCGUGUCCGAAUUGGAAUUUUAGUUCAAUUUACGAAAUUCCAAAACAAUUUCAAAGCUGUUUCUGCCUAAUUACUUGUUACGAACUUGAUUUCUGCUCUAAUGACUUCUCUAAAUCACUUUGGCAUGUGCAUUAUAUCAAUAAAACCUCAUACAAUAAGUUUCAGUAAAAAAUAACAACAAAAAUUUUCACGUGUUUUUUUUCUUCGUAUAGUAGGGUUCACUUAGGGGAGAAAACCAAAAAAUCCAAAUAAAAAAAGAUAUGAGCAAAAAGUUUGUCAUAGUUCAAUGUACCACCUUAAGGCAACGGCACAUCUGAAUUCUGAACGCUUUGAAUAUACUAAUAGAGCAAAGUAGGCACAAAACCAGUUUACAAUGUUGUGUCGCUGACAAAGGCACAUUUUACUAAUGAUGUUUCUUCACAAUGCAGAUAGCGCUCUCGAGGAGUACCCCGCGAUUAUUAAGAUACGUCCGAAUGCAGUUGGUUUAUCGGUAAGUCAAAGGAUAUUUUACUUUAAUUUUUUUCUUAACAAAUUUAAACUUUGACAGGAUACAUUUGCCUUUUCCCCGUACACCCACUGAAGUUAUUGAUAUUUGUCUGAUUUGAAAACCCACCCAUUAAACUGCAGGCCUGCUUCAUAAAAAAUUCUUUUUCUAAACAAAAUCUUGGUCCUUAAUUCAUAUCAUUUUUAAUUAUUUGUUAUCUAGGGUGCACCCUCUUGUGAAUUCCUUGGGUUGGCAGAACUCUUCCCUGAGGUUCAAUCAGGAUAUGCAACCGUUGGAAAUUUAGAAAAAGAAAUCCUCUGGAAGAAAGGCGAUAAACAUGGGAACGGAAAUUGUAUUCCACGUAUGUUUUAUUGCUUCAAUGCAUUUUUUCAGGGGCAUGGACCCAUCACGGUUUAGCUAACAAUUUCGGAUGAGACGAAAGAGCCACCUAAAGCUUUGCAGACGACGAAAUUUCCUCUAAGUCAUCCCAAGAGAUAAAUGUUUUUUAAGGCAGCUCAAAUUAAACAGACAGGCUUUUAAUUAAUAUGCUUUUUUAAAAGCAUAGAGAAAACCAUUUGAGACACUUCUGACCAACCUCUCUUGUUGAAACAUAUUUCCAAAAAUACGGUCGUUGGCACAGGACGAAAUAACGUGUUUCCGUAUUUUGUAAACUCGACUGAAACGUGAAGUUGCUUAAAUCCGUCUCGUUUCCGCCAUCCGGAAACAUGGUGAUCUAGUUUUCCAUGGACGGGACGCGUUUCCGUUAUGUUUCCGAGUCGGAAACGAACGAUCAUGUUUCGACCACAUUUCUGUUAUCACAUUUCCGUUCUUUCUUGUUUCCAUUACGUUUCCGGUGACCCAUGUCUAAGAUCGCAUGAUAAAUGUUUCAGAAAUUUUGGCUUUGCGUACAAUUAAGGUGAAUAAAGGUAAAUUUACUCUCGAGAUCGGGCCAUUAAACGGUCGGGCUCAUGCAUUAAAUACUCGCGCGCGUUGCACUAUUAUCCAUGAUCCAACGACUGUGAAGUGCGCGAGGUUGCCACUGUUUUCGAUUCUAAGUGAUUAAAAUGGCAGAGAAUACCAACAGCUGUCGAUAGUUGCCAGAUUGAUCUCAAUCAGUAUUGGCAUAAAAAUAAAAUGAUCUUAGACAUCUAAGGCUGAGAAAACAAGACAGAAUGGGGAGAAUGGGGCCUAGAAUAGAGCGGAGUGCUGGUCAGCGGACGUUUCUUUUGCUCAUGCUCAUUGCGGUCGUUCUUUUUGGUUUCCAUUUUGAAAGUGAUUGCAACGGCUUCAAAUUUACAAGCUUCUGUAGGUUCAAGGAGCGUGGAGUCUGUGUAUUUUUGCUUUCCGAUUGCACCACAAGACAUCUAAGGGUUGCCGGGUGCCGCUGUUAAAGAGACUUUUGAAAACAAAUCAGUUGCUUUAAAGAUGCAAAUUAAUUUCAGAUGUUUUUUCGAUUCGUUUUUCGGGCAUAACGACUAAGCUUUUUGGCUAUUACCAUGCUCAUAAAGCGUUUCGGCUCUCAUCACCUGACCACUAUAUUCAUUCAAAUAGCACAAGGUCCUGUGGCUGUGAAAACAAGUAAGACGAUUUAGGACGAAUCUUACCUUACCUUUUUUACCAUUUUCUACAUUUUUUUUGCUUCAAUUUAACCCUCGCUGGUACCCUAGAAAAAGUGAACUGCACAUCCUGUCUUUGCUCAUGUUUUUUUAAAUUGAUAAAUUACAGAAAAUAGAGCUACAACAGAAGAACGUUAAAAAAUCGACUUCAUCAACACUUUAGUUUGUUAACCGGAAUCAAACUAACACAAUUCAUUUUCUCGUUUAGCUUCACCGAAACCGGGUAAGCAAAUUGUGAAAAUCUACUCAGUGACAGGUAGAAAACUAGUUGAAGCGGAACUUUGGUACAUGGAUCCCUGUCACCACACAGAUGACGAAUGUCUCGUGAGAGUUGGUGAAAAAGCAUCCCAAAGCUACGAGGAACUGUGUAUAGUGUUGAGCAAUAUAUUGAUCCGUUGUAGACCCCAUGCUUCAAUCAAAAGUGGUGAAUCUCAAUACUCCGGGAAUUCUGGUAUGUUUCUUUAUCCUUUUUUUUGUUGUUGUUGUUGUUGUUUUUUGUUUUGUUUUGUUUUGCUUUGUUUUUUUUUUAACUUAGUUACCUCAUCACCAUGUAAUUUGCUGAAGCUAAACAAACAUAUAAUAAUAAUCUGCAGCUAAGUUAAUGAACGGUAGAUGUUUUAUUUUAUUUUAUUUUACUUACUUUUUUGUUAUUGCUUUCUUUCCCAUGACAUCUUAUUCGCUCUUUUAGAAUCCUCGCUGAUAGUUCAGGUGUUACGGUUCUUGAUUAAUGAAGCAGCAGAAUCUGGUUUGCAGUGGGACAGUUUAGCAUUACUGGAGUUCGUUGCUAUGAAUCAUGAUCACGAGAACGCAGCACUUUUCCUUGAAGAGGGAACUGAAAGGUAAAGGAAAGAGAUAGACCACACUAUCGGGGACUACGUCCCCUAUACUAUUUACGAACAAUGUGUAAGUUCUUUGACGUCCCACAGAAUUUUUAUAUUGAGUAAGGGCUGUGAGACAGGGCCUACAGUUUAUCGUCUUUAAGAGAAGACUAAAAAGUCUAACCAUUAGCAGAUGUCUUUACAAAGGGAGCACUUGCUGCUAAGUUAUUUAAAUACCGUGAGUGUGGUCCGGCCGGAGUUUUCGCUCAGCAGACCGGCGCUUAUUCAAUUGAGCUAACUUUUUUGCGUCAACAAUAAUGUGAUGGUGGGGGACCUCGAAAUGUCGGUUUCAGCAUAUUCAGUGUUUCCAAUCUUUAUCUUUCUUCUGUCUUUUACCAAUUCAGAUGUUCUGCUGAAGCUGUUGUUUAUUUUCGUCGAGUUAAUUCGUGUUCCGAUUGAUAAUUUCAGAUUUACCUUUUGAGAAUUCUUUACCGCGUUUUGGAGUGGACAAAAGGUUUUUUCCUGCAAAGGAUUACAUCAUUUUUAUCAUACGCAUCCAAAACAAAUCACUCAUCCACACAGCUGAUGCGAGCACGCGUGAUAACGACCAAAAAAUCUCUCCUUUAUCAGUUUUAACAUAUAACGUUUCGUCUUUGACGUAUUUUUACUGAACAGAUACGCUAGAGAUAUUACUCCAGAGGGCCGCGAGAGGAUUGAUUUGUCAGAAUUGCUGGCAGCUAUUAAUGCAUCCCACGAAGAAGAUGAGGCUUGUAAGUACAUAUAUCUUAUUGGUCGGUUAGUGGGUAGUACCGUGGGAUAUUUUUACGAGUCAAAAUACAAGAGACAAGCAAAAAUAUCCCACGAUACUACAAACCAGACCGUCCAAUAAGGGAUUUAUUAUUCAACUCGAGGAGUAUAAAAUAGAACUCAGUAAAUGUGCUUACGACGAGAAUGCGUGACAGACUAACGUGAGUCGAGUUUUCGCGCGAUUUCAUCAACGCUGUUUCUGAUUGGUGAGAAAUGAAAACUUUUCAAACUAGUUUACUCGGUAAGUCAAUUUUUUCACAAGUUUUUGUCGGCGCUUUCAAACAUUUGCGAGAAAAACAGAGCUCGAAUGAUAAAUAAUCAUGAGAUUAUGAUGAUAAUCGGUUAUGUUAAACGGACUGCAAGUAGAAAAACUGAGCAGAGCAAAUUACGAUGGAAAGACAAAAACUCUUCUACAAAUUUUAGAAGUUUCAAAGUGCCACUCGUAAACAAAAGAAUUGAAACCUGAUCUUCGCCGGGUUAUACUAACAAAAAGAGAGCUUCUUACGUCUACCAUGUCGAGUUUCCUCAUAUUUUAAAAGAACAAGAGGUGAAGACUGUUCAGUCUCUCUGUUGUAUCUUUAGCAUAAAGUUUGUAUGCUCUUUCUAUUUUUAAUAAAUUUCGACAUUUUAUUGUUCUUCAGACGACUUUAAUAUAGAAACUUGUGUUAUUUUAGAUUACAUUUGUCCCUUAUUCCGUUAUUUUCUUCAGAAAACGAUGCAUUUUCUUCCAUUUGCCGACGCGUUUGUGCGGGAUUAUAACCGGUCAAACGGGUCUUCUGGGGUACAAAUAUCGUGAGAUAUUAGAGACCUUUAGAUUCGAGGACGAGAACGACUACGAGUACGAGAUUUGAUUUUUAAGUUUUUUCGUGUAUUGACGAAAAAAUAGACACCCCGGAAUUCUUCAUUGUGCUUUUUUUCACCGGAAAAGUUAGCACUGUUGUCGUUAUUAAAGGAGGUUGAGCCCUAUCCAGAUUGCAAAAUGCUAAAACUUCUAACAUUUGAUAACUUGUUCCCGCCACCACGACACUCUGGCUAAAACUGACGACGGCUACCUCGUUUUCCCGCCAACAUAACCGUGGUUCACACGCGAGCACAACUUAGUAUUGAGAAAAUCUUGUACUCGUAGUCGUUCUCGUCUUAGAAUCUAAAGGUCUCUAAUUGUACUCGUUUUUGGCGUUAUUUGUACUCUGCUGAGUGCAAAUGAAUGAUAAAUACCAAUUAUUAAUCUCGUCCGUUCGGUCGACCGAGGCCUUGAUGUAUUGACCUAUAGCGAGGUCAAUACAUCGAGGCCGAGGUCUGAGAUUUCCCUAUAAUGACCGAACGGACGAGGUUAACAACUUUAUUAUAUGGCCUUUUCAUUAUGGACCUGAGCCUGCGAUCAAUUAAAACCAAUAGCUGGUCAGCUGAUCACUAAAAACACGUCACCUCAAUGAGUUGUUACUAUUGAUCCCGUGGUACAGUCAGGUAACACUGGUCAGCGGAUACCCUUUUUGACAGCUGUCAAUUGACCAUGACAUGGAUUUCCAUAAGGAUGUCCACUAUCAAGUUAAACACAGAUUGUAUAUACCUUGGACACCUAGCUAGUAGUGUCAGCGCUCGCUCACUACGGAAAAACAGCCAAUCAGAGUGCGCGUACUAUUGUAGCCAUAUAAUAACACCCCAUAAACUUCUGCAGUUGAGCCGAGCCACCAUUGCUUUAAAAAUUGCAAAACUAUCGAUGCAAGAAAAUUUUAUUAUGACGUCAGCGUAUGCCCUCCCAACCUUCCGUACAGACUUCGCGGAGGGGAGGUUGCGGGGUGGGGAGGCGCGACUCUCUAAGCGGAGGAAUACAGUCUAAGUCAUGCAGGUUGCGUUUGUCCUGGGAUCCUAAGUAAACAUUUGUGGAUUGGUUGUAAUGGCUUAGAGUUUUCUUUUUGUUGUGUUUUUUAAGGCUUGGCUUUAUCAAUUUAUUUAAUCUAGUACAGACUUAAUAUAAGUCUUAUCUUAUUCUACCUUUUUUCAAAAAGCUGACACCAGUGAUGGCAGAAACGACAGCGACAGUAGUUACGAUGGGGAUGUCGAGUCAUUGUUAUGUGAUUCGGAAGAGCCAACGUCAGAUUCUGAAGACGACCAUUCAGACAUGCUUAGAAAAGGUGAUAUAAUGAACGCGCUUAAAUUGCUAUUACAACUGCGAGGAUCAGUUCAUAUCCUCAAUUAAUCUGUAUUUCCGUAGUUCUCAUCAUCUUAGUUCCAUAUUUCAUUCCUUUCUUAACAAAUUGGGCUGCUCACAAUCUAUGGCUCUUUAUAGUUCAUUUAGCAGAACACUGCAGCCAGCGUUAACGCAGAGGCAAUUGUUUCGAAUCCCGUUGAAAAGCGGAUUUGGUUUUCAUUUUUUUUUUUUUUUGCGGGGGGGGGGGAAUUUGCUUUUCAUGUUUCAUUUCUUUGACGGGUGAAUACGAAUUCAAUAAGUUGACCUGCUCCUCAUGUAUGGAUCUUCAUAGCCCAGUUGGAAGAGCACUCCAGUGCUAACGCGGAGGCCAUUGGACUUGGUUCCAAUCCUGUUGAAGCCCAGAAACGUUUUUCGGGUUAAUUUGUAACUUCUAAAGUUACUAUAUCAUAAUUAUAACUUCGACGAUCAUAUCGUCUUUUAUGCUAUAGCAGGGUAGUAAUUCUUUGUCCUUUAAUUUUAUAUCAUAGCCUUCGCCACAGGAAAUGAAAUUCAAAUGGGGGGAAAUAAUGCUGAGACGGAUGAGCGUGUAAUCCUUAGUCUG